AUGGCUGCCGCCAUUCCCCGCGCCGCUUCUCUCUCUCCAUUAUUUUCCCUUCUUCUGUUCUUCCUCUCCGCUCCGCAAGACAGCAGUGGCCUGCACACCAAGGGCGCCCUUCCCCUGGAUACAGUCACUUUCUACAAGGUCAUUCCCAAAAGCAAGUUCGUCCUGGUGAAGUUUGACACCCAGUACCCCUAUGGUGAGAAGCAGGAUGAGUUCAAGCGUCUGGCUGAAAACUCGGCUUCCAAUGAUGAUCUCCUGGUGGCAGAGGUGGGGAUCUCAGAUUAUGGUGACAAGCUGAAUAUGGAGCUGAGUGAGAAAUACAAGCUGGACAAAGAGAACUACCCGGUCUUCUAUCUCUUCCAGGAUGGGGACUUUGAGAACCCAGUCCUGUAUACUGGGGCAGUUAAGGUUGGAGCCAUCCAGCGCUGGCUAAAGGGACAUGGGAUCUACAUAGGUAUGCCUGGUUGCCUGCCUGCAUAUGACACCCUUGCUGGGGAGUUCAUCAGGGCCUCUGAUGUAGAGGCCCGCCAGUCCCUCUUGAAGCAGGGGCAGGACAACCUUGCAAGUGUGAAGGAGACUGACAAGAAGUGGGCCGAGCAGUACCUUAAGAUCAUGGUAAAGAUUUUGGACCAAGGUGAGGAUUUCCCAGCAUCAGAGAUGACCAGGAUCACCAAGCUGAUUGAGAAGAACAAGAUGAGUGAUGGGAAGAAGGAAGAACUCCAGAAGAGCUUAAACAUUUUGACUGCCUUCCAUAAGAAGGGGGGUGAGAAGGAGGAGCUGUGA